AUGUUUCCACAAUCGGAAAAAUCCAUAGUCUUUGACAACUUCCCGGACCCCACCGAUACCUGGGAGAUCGUCGAGACCAUCGGGAAGGGAACGUAUGGCAAAGUGUACAAAGUGCUCAACAAAUUGGACGGCAGUAAAGCGGCGGUGAAGAUAUUGGAUCCCAUUCACGACAUCGACGAAGAGAUCGAGGCCGAGUACAACAUCCUCAAGGCUCUUUCUGACCACGCCAACGUCGUCAAGUUCUACGGGAUGUUCUACAAGAAGGACGUCAAGUGUGGAGAUCAGCUGUGGCUCGUGUUGGAGCUUUGUAACGGCGGUUCGGUGACAGAUUUGGCCAAAGGCAUGUUGAAGAGGGGCGAGCGCAUGGACGAAGCCAUCAUUGCAUUCAUACUCCAUCAGGCACUCAUGGGCCUCCAGCACUUGCACGUUAACCACACAAUCCACAGAGACGUCAAAGGCAACAACAUCCUGCUGACCACGCACGGAGGCAUCAAGUUAGUCGACUUUGGUGUGUCGGCCCAGCUGACAAACACUCGCCUGAGGAGGAACACCUCGGUGGGAACGCCCUUCUGGAUGGCGCCAGAGGUGAUAGCUUGCGAACAGCAGCUGGACUCCACGUACGACGCCCGCUGCGACGUGUGGUCGCUGGGCAUCACCGCCAUCGAGCUGGGCGAUGGAGACCCGCCCCUCUCUGAGCUCCAUCCAAUGAGAGCACUCUUCAAAAUACCUCGAAACCCACCGCCAACCCUCCAGCAACCAGAACUGUGGUCCGACGACUUUAACGGAUUCAUCUGCAAGUGUCUCAUCAAGGACUUUGAGCUUCGUCCCAACGUCUUGGACCUCCUCCAGCACGUCUUCAUCCAGCAGACUGUCGGGAAGGAGAAAAUUCUGCAGAAGCAACUCAUUGAACUUAUUGAUCUCAACCAUCAAAUUGGAGUCGUCGAGAAGACUAGGCACGAACGCAUCCACACCAAAAAAGGAAGCAACCUGAAGACUGACCGGGACGAGGACGACGAUCUGGCCGCCUUGGAAGUUCUAGACGAGGAUUCGGUCAGCGAACGGCUGCAGGAGCGCUACGGCAGGGACCAGAUCUACACCUACGUGGGCGACAUCCUAGUAGCUGUCAAUCCUUUUCACAAAAUGCACAUCUACACUCCUCAGUACAGCAAAAUGUACGUUGGUGCAAAACGGACGGCCAAUCCUCCGCACAUCUUUGCCGCGGCCGACAUCGCCUACCAGUCCAUGGUGUCGUACAACACCGAUCAGUGCAUCGUGAUCAGCGGCGAGAGCGGAGCGGGGAAAACUGAAAGCGCUCACCUGCUGGUGCAGCAGCUAACGGUCUUGGGCAAGGCCAACAACCAAUCACUCCAGGAGAAGAUACUGCUGGUCAACAGCCUGGUGGAAGCCUUCGGGAACGCCUGCACGGCCAUCAACGACAACUCCAGUCGCUUCGGCAAGUACCUGGAAAUGAAGUUCAGCGCCGGAGGGACGGUGGUGGGCGCUAAGAUAUCGGAGUACCUCCUGGAGAAGUCCAGGGUUAUCCAUCAGGCCGUCGGGGAGAAAAACUUCCACAUCUUCUACUACAUCUACGCUGGCUUGGCUGACAGGAAGAAGCUCGGCCAUUACAAGCUCUCCGACAGCAAAACGCCAAAGUAUCUGUGUAACGAGCACAUAAAACUGGGGCCCGACAUUGUGAGCAACACCCCCUACAAGGAGCAGUUUGACGCAGUGGAGCAAUGUUUCAAAGUCAUCGGUUUCUCCCUGGAGGAGUUGGGUAGUGUGUACAGCACACUGGCGGCCAUCCUCAACUCGGGCGACAUUGAGUUCUCGGCCGUGGUGUCGGAACACCAGACGGACAAGAGCAACAUUGCCAACAUUCACAUCUUGGAAAAUGUGGCGUCAUUGCUGCGCAUCCGCUCUGACGAGCUCCAGGAAGCCUUGACCUCGCACUGUGUGGUGGCCCGGGGCGAGACCAUCGUGCGGCCCAACACGGUGGAGAAGGCGGGGGAGGUGCGCGAUGCCAUGAGCAAGGCGUUGUACGGCCGACUCUUCAGCUGGAUCGUCAACCGCAUCAACGUACUGCUGAGGCCCGACGGCCACCUCGGGGGGGAUGACGGGGGCUUAAAUAUUGGCAUCCUGGACAUCUUCGGCUUCGAGAACUUCAAGAGGAACUCCUUCGAGCAGCUGUGCAUCAACAUCGCCAACGAGCAGAUCCAGUUCUACUUCAACCAGCACAUCUUCGCCUGGGAGCAAGACGAGUACCUGAACGAAGACGUGGACGCUCGCGUGAUUGAGUACGAAGACAACCGUCCGCUUCUGGACCUCUUCCUGCAGAAGCCCAUGGGCAUGUUGUCCCUCCUGGACGAGGAGAGUCGCUUCCCUCGGGCCACCGAUCAGACGCUCGUCGAAAAGUUUCAAGAUAACCUUAAAACCAAAAGCUUCUGGAGGCCGAAGAGGAUCGACCUUGGCUUUGGUAUUCACCACUAUGCUGGAAAGGUGAUCUACAACGCCACCGGUUUCCUCGCCAAAAACCGAGAUAUGCUCUCGGCGGACAUCGUCCUCCUCCUCAGGUCCUCGGAAAACGAGCUAAUUCGCAAACUCGUCACCCAUCCCCUCACCAAAACAGGUCAUUUGCGCAACCUUGCCCACACUAAGGGCAAAACCUCCAACACACUCCGCACCCCGCGCACCCCUACGCGCACCCUCACCUUCGCCAAGCCGGUCGACGCAGACGCACCGUACCAUCCUCGAGAAACCACCAACAUGAAAACACAGACGGUGGCGUCCUACUUUAGAUACUCGCUGAUGGAUCUUCUGUCCAAGAUGGUGUCUGGUCAACCCCACUUUGUGCGCUGCAUCAAACCCAACAACGAUAGGCAACCCUACAAGUUCGACCGGGAGAAGGUUCUGGUCCAGUUGCGCUACACGGGAAUCCUAGAGACGGCUAAGAUCCGCCGACAGGGCUACUCGCACCGCGUCCCCUUUGCCAAUUUCCUUAAGAGGUAUCACAUCGUAGCGUUCCAUGCCGACGAGGAACCCGCGGUGACACCGGAAACGUGCGCUACCAUCCUGGAGAAAGCCAAGCUGGACAACUGGGCCAUGGGGAAGACAAAGGUGUUCCUUAAGUACUACCACGUGGAACAUCUGAAUCUGAUGGUGCAACAAGCCACGCAGCGCAUCGUGGUGCUCCAGGCUUGCGUACGAGGCUGGCUAGGUUCCAGACGCUACCGCCGGCUCUUGAAGGAGCGAGAACGGAGCGCUCUGGUGCUGCAGUCAGGUUAG